UUUACACUUUAUUAUUCGUAAAUUAUUCAAUGAAUUCAACAACUGUAUUUUUUUUAGUAAACAUCUUUGGAGCUCAUAAACUUUUUAAUGUACUGUUUAAUAAGACACUAUUUAGUACUUCAACAGAUUUCGUGGUUUUUAAAACGAGCGGUUUUAUUGAGCUUUUAAUAAUCGUUUGAACGUCUUUGUUUCUCUUAUUUGAGGAUUUUUAUUGUGAAGACUCCAAAGACGACGACUUGGGCGAACUUUCACAAGUCACAUAACUCCAUUCAUUCAAUCAAGAAACGAGGAAAACUCCAUACAUUAUAGAUUUGCACUUUAGUUUGUCAACAUGGAUGAAGAAUUACAAGCUAUCCGUCAAGCUCGACUUGCUCAAUUAAAGGGUCAACACCAAGCAUCUCAACCACAAAAUGCUCCUGCAAGUGAAGGUCAGCAAAAAGAAGCCCAAGACGAGCUUCGUCAAAACAUGCUCAGCCAAAUUUUGGAACACUCUGCCCGAGAUAGACUCCGUCGUAUCGCUCUUGUGAAGCCAGAUCGCGCUCAAGCUGUUGAAGAAUUAUUGAUUCGAAUGGCUAGAAGUGGUCAAGUUUUACAAAAGAUUUCUGAAUCUGAAUUAAUUGAGCUUUUGGAACAGAUCUCCGGCCAGUUAUCAAAACAAAAAGAAACAAAGAUUGUCUAUAGUCGCCGUGCCGUUGAUGACGAAGAUGACUGGGAUUUAUAAGUUGAGUAAGAGGAAAGAAAAGGGAAGGGAAGCAAUAACUUCUGUAACCACCAUGUUUAGAGCCAGAGCAUUAUAUUUCUUGUUUUUUGUAAUUAAAGCUACUUAAUGCUUAUUCAGGAAGUUAGAAAAUAAUAUACAAGUUCGAAAAGGAAUA